GAGAAAGAAAGAACAUCUGCAAGUGAAAUGCUGUUCUUGCAACUGCGAUUGCUAGCAGUUCUCCUCCCAGGUGGUGACAAUAAAGAUGGUAAGAACACUGGCAACUGCCCGUUGGACUUCCAGGAUCCAGUCUCCUUCCAAAUCAUCCAGAUCUCAUCCUUUUACAACCAUUCCUGGGUACAAAAUCUGGGUUCAGGUUGGUUGGGUGAGUUGCAGACACAUAGAUGGGAGAAUAACUCUGGUACUAUCAUUUUCAUGUGGCCCUGGUCCAAGGGCAACUUCAAGAAUGAAGAAAAGAAUGAAGAGUGGAUGGAAUUGGAAAAGCUAUUCCGCGUGACCUCCAUUGCAUAUCUUCAGGCAGCUCACAACUUCGCCAAUCAAUGGAAGCUUGAAUAUCCCUUUGAGUUACAGAUGGUAGCAGGCUGUGAGCUGCACUUUGGUGAAGGCUCAGUGGGCUUCAUGUGUAUUGCUUAUCAAGGAUCAGAUUACCUGAGCUUAGAGAACAAUUCAUUUUUGCCAUCACCAAAGGGUGGAAGUAAGGCUCAGCAUGUCUGCAGACUCCUAAAUGAUUUGUUAUGCAGACCUGGGUUCUGGGUCCUAAAACUCAAAUUAUAA